AGUUAUCAUAUAAGAAUUCGCGUUCGCGCUGUGUGCUCGCGUCAAUCGUGCGGCCAACUCCGAGUGUUAACGUCGAAUUGAAAUAUAAACACAUAUAAACAUUUGUAGAUUUUGUGUACAAUGGCCCCAAUGUCGAACACAGUCGUAGGCAUCGAUGAUGACCAACGCUUUGCAUUAAUGAAGUUUCGUCGAAGCGUUCGAGAUGUUCUGAAGCCGGAACACAAUGACCACUACCUUCUCAGAUGGCUCCGUGCUCGACAAUGGAACCCGGAAGCUGCUGAGAAAAUGUUACGAGAUUCUCUAAUUUGGCGUGAGAAAUGGGGCAUUGAUACCACACUAGACACAUGGAAAGCGCCUGAAGCUCUCGAAAAACACUUCCCCAGCGGCACUACGGGCUUCGACAAAGAAGGAUCACCUGUAAUAAUUGUCCCAUUUGUGGGCCUGGACGUGUGGGGCUUGCUGCACUCUGUAUCCAGAACUGACGUCAUCCGCAUGAUCCUGCGACACCUCGAGAACUAUCUCGCUAGUGCUAGGAAACAAUCGCUCGUACACGGACCUGACGCACUCAAGGUCACAGUACUAUUCGACCUGGAAGGGUUCAACAUCCGUCAGUACGCGUGGAAACCUGCCGCAGAGAUGGUGUUCACACUUCUACAAAUAUAUGAAGCUAAUUAUCCGGAAAUUUUGAAAACCUGCUUCAUAGUUAACGCUCCGAAGGUAUUCUCGCUGGCGUUCUCAGUGAUAAAGAAGUUCAUGCACGAGUACACGAUAUCCAAGAUCCAGAUCUACGGCACGGAGGCGCGGCGCUGGCAGGCGGCCGUGCUGGCGGCGGUGGACGGCGCGCAGCUGCCGGCGCACUACGGCGGCGAGCUGCUCGACGACAACGGAGACCCGAGGUGCAGUCUCAUGGUAAAGCCAGGCGGCAAAGUUCCUAAAAGCUACUACUCAAAGAACGCCUCCAGCGAGCAGAGCAAGGAGUACAAGCGAGUCACCGUCAAGACUGGCGAGAAACAUUCCAUUGACUUACUCUGUAUGGAGGAAGAAAGCGUUUUAAAAUGGGAAUUCGGUGUGGACAGUCACGACAUCAAGUUCGUGAUAAAGCGCAGGGACGCGGAGGGCGCGGAGAGCGUGGUGCACGGCCCGCGCAAGGUGCCCGCCGGCGCCCCCGACCUCGGCUUCCUGCCCGUCUCCGGGCCCGCUACCUAUUCUGUGAUAUUCGACAAUAAGAGUGCGUAUUUACGUAACAAGAAGGUGUUUUACGAUGUACUGAUCUCCGUCCCCGAGAAAGAUCUCAACAUGUCGGAUGAACCCGAAGACGCCGUCGAGGCUACAGAGAGCAGCGAGCGCGAGGUAGAAAGCGCUCGCCUUUGAAAUCUUACUGAUAUUAUAAGUGCAAAAGUUUAGUUGAAUGGAUAGUUGUUAGAGUUUGUAGCCUAAAAGGCUCAACGGAUAUAUUUAUAGAUAUAGAGGAUAGUAGUAGAUAGUAGUCCAAUUUUUUAAUCAAAAUCUGUCAAGUCAUUUAUGAGGUAUCUGUGAAGGUAUCGAGGGAUUAAAGGUACCUUUCGUAUUUUAGAUUUUUUUAAUUUCUGUUUUAAAAUUUUUGACACCCAAGGAGGGGUUGCCCCUUUCUAUUUCCUAGGGACGCCCAAGGCUAUUAGAUAACCUAAAUACGACAAUUUUUAUGCAAAUUGAUUUGCGUUCAAUCUCCCUUAAAAAUGUAAUCUUUACAACUUUUAUUUGUAUGUUCUGUUCUAAAAAAUGAUGAUGUUUGUAAUAUUGAUAUCAGUUUUGUUUAAUUAGAUUUUUAUUAAUGUGUAAAUGUAUCUACAUAAAGGGAAACAAUGAUAUAGUAUUUUUUAGCUAUUUUACUCAUAUGAUAAGAUUUUACGGAUGUACAAAGUAAGGUUUUUGUGUAGCUUAAUUUUUUAUUACAACGAAGUUUUUUAUUAAUUUUAUUUUAAUAAAUUUAGUGCAUUAUAUAUUGUGCUCAAUAAAAUAUGAGAUAUUUAGUAAGUAAAUGAGUUAUUGUUAAUAAUGUACGGCAUAGUCUGUGAUAAAUUUAUAGAAAUAUUCCCAAAAUAUAUGUCUGCAGUCUGCAUAUAUGAUUCUUUUUGUAUUAUAGAUGUUUUUAGUUUGGUAAUGUAAUUAUUAGUUACAAACUCAUGCUCUCUCUAUGAAGAAACUUUAGUGUACAUAAAACUGUGUAUAUUA